GGCAUGCUCUCGCUCAACCCGGGGAAGGGUUUCCCCAUAACCGAUAUCCUGUCCCACCGGUGGCUGCCCAAGAGGCGCGCCGUCUCGUUGGGGCAGGAGAACAUGCGCAUCCCCGAGUUCAAACGCAAGGGAGUGAUCAGCGAUUUGCCCGACUAUCGCACGCCGUACCGCACUUCGGUCGCCGCCGCUGCCGCUGUCGCCGCCGCCACCGGCGCGGGCGGCAGCGCCGGCUUCGUGGUGCCCACGGGCGGGCAGACAAUAGGGCACCAGGAGAGUAUGGAUUUGGAGGAGUACGGCCGGUUGAGACAUGAGUCGGCGGGCGAGCUACCCAACUACCGCGGCAGCGCGGGCUCGGACGCGCGCAUUUCCUGGAUCGAGGCGACCGCCGUCGCGCCCGAUCUUGGGCCGAGCUCCUCCGAGGGGGCCGGCCCGCCCCUCUCUCUCCAGCGGCAGCACGCUUUCCUGGGCGCCCUCCCUGAGGGCGACCCGAGGCCGUGACAUGGCGUGAGCUUUUGGUUUUGUGCGCUACGCGUUGGACCAAUAGUACGCGGUCGCGGAGCGUGAUCCCCUUUCCGCGGAGUAGUCAUGAUGUUCUGAACUUCUGAUGACGAUAGCUCGUCUCGCCGUUACGCCGAAGUCUUCAUCUCAUGACU